AUGAACAUGUCAAAUUUGGCGAAAACGUGGGUGAAGCUACCUGUAGUGCUACAGAUUAAGUGGAACGACGAAGCUCUGAGAAUUAGGGAAAGAAAAGUUUUCCCAACUCUUGAGGAUCUAGUGGAGUUUUUUGAAAGGAGAGCUGAAGCAGCUAAUGAUCCAGUCUUUGGAAGGGUUGGAGAGACGAAGCAAUUAUUUCCAAGAAGGAACCCAAAAGCCAGUUGACAUCCAUUACCUCCGAGUCUUAAUGCGGUGGCUGGGACCAAGAAAAUGACAACGGCAGGGCAAGUUGGACGUAGUGACUCACCGAAAUCAGAUAAGGAUCCGAAUUCUAGCAUGCAGAAAGUAAUGUUAUGGCAUUAAGUCUACACACAAGGUAGAGCAUAUAAACAAAUCUGUACGGCAGAGAAUAGUCUUCCUGAGGUACAAGGGACUGUGUUGAAACUGGGUACGCAAGGGACACUUUGUUAAUAAGUGCCAAUCAACUUUUAAAUGUAAACAUUGUCAACAACCACACCAUUCCUUACUGCGCAAAACAACAGAGGAUAAAGAGGGAACACUGGCGAAUCCAAAGGGAAGCUCAGGACCGAGAGAGCAAGCUAGUGUGAAUGCUGUAACAGCAUCAUCUGUUAAAACUCCAGGUCCCACGUAUUCCUCGACCUCAAGGACUAAGGUUUCAUUACAAGUUUUUCCAGUUAAGAUAAUGAGCGAAGAGGGACACUGUUAUGUUACAGCGUAAGCACUACUUGACACUGGGAGUGAAGAGACAUUUCUGUAAAGGCUAUUUUUAAUAACUUGGUUUUCAAGUUAGCAACUGUGACACUUUGGCAGAAUACACAUUGUCGGGCGAUUCCUCAAUUAAGGUUGGUCAAGCCAACCGUCAAGUGAAAGCUGUUGAUAGCCGGGACAAUCGUAUCCUAGUAAUUGAAAACGUUAGCAGUUGUAGACAAACUUAACAUCACAACAACAGGAGCAAAAGACUUGUCUAAAUGGCCUCAUUUUAAGGACCUCGAAAUCGCUGACGUAGAUGAUGAACAGGUGACCAUGCUGAUUGGAGAACACGUUCCCGAAGCCCAAGUGCAUGAAAAACGCGCAGAAGAGAGGGAUCAGUAG